AUGAACCUAUGCCCAUCGUCGGCAACAAUCAAACUGUCGUCCAACGGCGUUGUAAUGCGGAAAAACGGCGCUCGCCUUUUCGGAGGGCCAGAAACUGGUAAACUGGAAACGGCAAAAAUACUAUCAAGGCAAACUAAACUGAGAUCACUAAACGUCGAGAGUUUUUUUUUUCUUAGAGGGUGCGGUCCUAUAUAAGUCGCUCUCACCGUGGAGAAGGUACGUUGGUUCGCUAGCAAUGGAGGACAAGAUUCGUCUUCAGGCCUACCGCUUCGUCGCCUAUUCGGCCAUCACUUUCUCCGCUGUCGCCGUCCUUUCGGUACGUUCUCAGCUCAACAUUUUUUGAUAAUUAUUGAGGGUAUUUGCAGGUAUGCAUCACCCUGCCGAUGGUGUACAACUACGUGAAUGGCGUCAAGAGCCAGAUCAACCACGAGAUCCGAUUCUGCAAGGGAUCCGCCAAGGAUAUCUGGUCCGAAGUCAACCACAUCCGCGCCAACCCACGUAACGGCACUCGUCAAGCUCGUCAGGCUGGCUACUCCACCGACGAAGCCGUCGGAAACUGGGGAAGCACUGGAGGCUCGUCCGGAGGAUCUUGCGACGGAUGCUGCAGACCUGGUCCAGCUGGACCAGCUGGAGUUCCAGGAAAGCCUGGACGUCCAGGACGACCAGGAGCCGCUGGACACCCAGGACGACCAGGAAAAGGCGGUUCUGCUCCAUGCGAGCCAGUCACCCCACCACCAUGCAGACCUUGCCCAGCCGGACCAGCCGGACCACCAGGAGCUCCAGGACCAGCCGGAGACGCUGGACGACCAGGAGCGCCAGGAGUCGGCGGAGGAUCAGGAGCGCCAGGACCAGCUGGACCCAAGGGACCUUCUGGACAGCCAGGAAACCCAGGAGCUCCAGGACAGCCUGGUCAGCCAGGAGAGGACGCGCCCAACGAGCAAGCUGGACCAGGAGCUCCUGGAGCGCCAGGACCUCAAGGACCACCCGGAGCCCCAGGACGACCAGGACAGCCAGGAUCUGGUGGUUCUGGUGAGUUAUCAAACUGAGAAGGUGGAAUGUUGAAAUUUUUUUUCAGGAGCGCCAGGACCAAAGGGACCAUCAGGAGCGCCAGGACAGCCAGGAGCUGAUGGAAACCCAGGAGCUCCAGGACAGCCAGGAGCUCCAGGAGGUUCUGGAGAGAAGGGAAUCUGCCCCAAGUACUGCGCCAUCGACGGAGGAAUCUUCUUCGAGGACGGAACUCGCCGCCGUUAA